AUGGUUUGUGGGAAUGUCCUUGAGAGGCAAGAGGAAGAAGAGCUGCAGCCAGGGCAACAGUCAAAUAAGAGACUUUUCGACCCAGGGAGCAUGACCCCACCUGCCCCGCGGCCGUCGAUUCGAUUGCUUCGCUGGUCUAAUUCCAUUGGACUACGUCCGCGCAGAGUUUCUUGGGAAUGGUUGAUCGAUCAUUCCGGGAUCGACUUCCGGCUGCCUGCCCCUGACAUGGCGACGACGCCGAAGGAGGUGGAGGAGGAGGCACGUGGCCUUUUCAGGCAGGGCGUGCAAGCGGUCUUGGACGGCUGGGCCGUGUUGCAGAUAGCAGUGGAAAAUGGCUUUGGAGGGGCGCAUAGCCAAGAGAAAGCUGAAUGGAUGGUGGUGGCUGUGGAGCAAUACUUUGAAAGCAAUGCUGACCUUGAACCAGAAGAGAUAGAGGACUUCCUUGCUGAAUUGAUGAACAAUGAAUUUAACACUAUAAUAGAAGAUGGAAGCUUGGCUCAGGUAAGCCAGCAACUGUGCCUGCUUUUCAGACAGAGCCAUCAGAGAGACACAGUAGCAAUGCGUGAUGCCAUUACCCACCUGGCACAGAAGAAACAAGAGGCUAGGAGGGCAGUUGCCAAAUCUCAGCCAGCCGCAGAAAGCAGCAGUGAAGAAGAACAAGAAGCAGAAGAAGAGGCCAUGGACUGCAGUGCUGGUUCUAGCAUGAACGGAAUACAAAGCAACCCAUCUCCACUGUCAGAUAAGACCACUGAAGAUGGAUGGAUGUUGGUGACAAGGAAAAAGAAAUGAAGGGGAAAACCUAUGGCAGACCUGGACAGAUGCAGCAGUGAACUCUUUGUGCUGCCAAGCCUUGAAUUUUUCUAUAGGACGCAUGAUAGGUUCCUCCCACCGAAGCCUGGGCGCAUUGGAAGCACUUUCUUGACUGUAUCUUUGCUCCUGACAAGAGAGGCUGAAUGGAAUUCAACUUGGCCUAAAGUAUUUUUUAAAUCUUUACAGUUUUUCCCCCCUCAAAAUUGGAAGAUGUUCUAACCUUCCUGGAGUUUGACAUGAACAUUGAACAACCCUGUAGGUUCUUGUGACAGACGGAAGUCCUCUUGGCGUGUCCUGUUCAUCGGUCAUCUUUUCAAGCCAUUGGAAGGGAGGCCACUAUUUCCCCUCCUUCCAGGAAGGCAAAAUCUCAACCAUCCUUAGAACGCAAAGAAAGGACUGCAUUCACUCUUAAUCAAAGUGGGGGGGAAAGAGCGUAACAGAAAAAAAAUCUUGUAUUUUAAAAAAAAAGAACAAUGAAAAACAAAAUACAACAAUGAAACGAAAAGUAAAAUGGACAAUACACAAAUCAUGAUGGUAGGACAUGGGAAGUUUUGGUCAAUAAAAGCUUCCCUUCCCCUAACCUUCGCAGUGGCCAGCCACUAUACAAGAGCAACAAUAAAAUAUUAUUUUGGUAAGAUUUUGUAUAUCCCUUAAUACUGAGGCCUUUUUUUUUUUUAAUAUAAAAAGUUACAUGCACUAGUUCUACACCACAGGAGGGCGAAGAUAAAAGAAUUCCAUGGGUACCAACAGCAACACCAGCAAACCUACAUAAAAAAUAAGGCAAGGAUUUGUUUUUGUUUCUUUUUAAAAUCCCACAUACACACACAAUCUCCACUCGUUUGUAUGUUGAAACAGUACCAGCAAAAAUAGGGAGGAAAGGAGAGGGAUACCUCAGGGAAUUUUAAGAACUUCCAAGAUAGUCCAAUAAGGCUCGAAAGAGAACUCUAAAAUGUUAACCAUUUUAAGUGCAUUGUGUCAAGGAGAGGAAGCACCUGCAUUAUUUUCAAGGAAAGGAGUACUUCAUCCGUUAUUGUAAUAACCACACUUUGUAUGGAAUCUCAUAUAUCUCCCGUUACCUAGAUCAGGAGUGAUCCAUGUUAAGCCAGCUGGGAACUUUACAUUAUUUGCCAGGGGAAUGCAUUCAUUUCUGUCAAGGACAGUAUUUUUCUGGAUAUUUGAUGCUGGAGACUGGCUGUUG